AUGUGCUACGACCUGUUCGUCGAUCCCAUCGAGCUUGACUGCAAGGGCAAGCACCUGUACUGCCACAGUUGCAUCUACGACCUCGUGAAGAACGGAUCGUGCCAAAACAAGUGCCCCAUUUGCAUGACAAGCAUCUCCUCCUCAACGCGAAAAAAAAUCCUGCAAGCUGGGCGGAAGAGGGGGGCGUCCGGUAUGCCGGUGGGUGCCAAUAAGAGGUACCAGUCGCAGGCGGUCGGCCUCGUGCAGGAAGUGAUCGAAUGGCUGAUCGAGAAGCGCAUGGUCAAGUACGACGACGAGACCGAGUGGAGAAAACGUUCGGGCCUGGAGCCGCUUCCCCCGCCCAAGCCCGCGGCAGGAAGUGGCAGCGGCGGCGGCGGCGACGGCGGCGGCGCAAGCGGGGGAGGAGGAGGAGGAGGGGGGGGGGGGGGGGUAGGAGGAGGAAGGAAGCCGGGACUACCCGUCCCGUUUGGCAACACCACCGGUGGUGCCGCCGCCGCCCGGAGCGCGCACGGUGCAAUCUUCAGCGGCGGGAGUAUGGGCGGCGGGGCGGCCGAUGUGAUCGACCUGCUGUCGGACAGCCCCGCGGAGGACGACGACGAUGGUUACAGCGAUUUCUAGGCGGCGUGACAGAUGGGAUGAUGUACACGCUGCCUGGAUCGACUCGGCGGGGGCCAGUUCUGAUGUCCGCUGCGCGGAGUAUUUUGGAACCUAUUUCGUGUCUUGGGCUUUUGCUUUCAUGCGAGCAGAAUACUCGACUGGUCGUCCGAAGCAGCAACCUGGCAUUCGUGGGACAACUGUUUGAGGCGUGGGAAGGGUUUAGGAGGAAGAGGUCUUUCCUGGUAUGACGUGUCCCCCUCGGAUUGGACGAUUGGGGGGGGAAGAUGCAACAGCAGGCCGAUGGAGCACGAGAUGUGUAGCAGAUACAUAGAUAGGUCGUAUUCCCAGCUGUCGGACGGAUCAUGUGAACAUGAGGCAGCAGAGAACCCAAUCACUGGUUCUUUUCUUUCGGUUCCUAUCUUUGUGCCGAGCGCUUGCUCGCGCUAUUUUACGAGCUCUGUCUCCGCUGUUUUGCUCACGUCUCCUGUGGAUAUUGUCUGUCGAUAGCAAAGAGAAGGCAGCCUCUUGCAGUCUGUACCUUGGAGUCGUUUCCGUUUUCCUGCGCAUGGGUCUGCUCCUUACUGAUACAUGGUGUUUUACACGCUGAGUACAUCCGCCCACGUUGUUUCGGGGAAUUUUCGUUGUUUACGAAGCCAACAGCAGUGGAGACGAUGUUUUUGUUGUCGGUGGCACUUUUCUUCUAUUGGCACGUUAUGCGAAUAUUG